UUGAUUGCCAUUCCUGACAUGAUUGAGACAUGUGAUCGCUAUGGGCUGCAGAAAAAGAUCACCAGGUUCGUCAUACCCCUCUCCGCCGCUCUAAAAGGUGACGCCUCGGGCGUGUUUCAGGCCGUAGCCUGCGUCUUCAUAGCCCAACUCACGGGCUUCAAUUUGACUGCUGGAACCUAUGUGAUCAUUGCUCUGUUGACCGGAUUCGCGACACUUGCCAUUCCCAACGUUCCAAGUUCAAGCAUCGUCAUCAUAAUUACAAUUUUAUCGUCGAUUGGCGUUCCAACCGGAGAAGUUUCGCUGCUAUUUGCAGUUGAGUGGUUAAUGGAUCGUUGCCGUUCGGGUUCGCUUGGAUUGGGACAUUUGUUCGCUGCAGCUUUUACGCAUUCGGUUGUCGUGGGAAAGCGAUCGGAGGGUAAAAUCGACGAGGAGCAUCAAUCGGACGCCUUCGAGGGUGACGAGUGUCGAAUCGAGGAAUUGAAAUGA